GCAUGAGGACUGUCCAAUCAAGCACAUUUCUAGAAAGGAGAAGGCAGGAUUUCCUAACCUCCCGGAUCUUGGUUCCCGGAUUCCGCCAUAUUGGAAUCCGUUCUUCCGCGUGGCAGGCCUCAGAGGCUCUGCCCGUCCCCAGUCGCCCUGUCAUCCACCCCAAGUGCGUGAGCCUCCCCGGAAGCCGGAUAUGGGGAUGGUGUCCUUCGAGGACGUGUCCGUGGACUUCACCUGGGAGGAGUGGCAGGACCUGGAUGAUACUCAGAGGAUCCUCUACAGGGAUGUGAUGCUGGAGACCUACAGAAGCCUGGUGUCCUUGGGGCACUGCGUUGCAAAACCUGAGGUAAUCUUCAAGCUGGAGCAAGGUGCUGGGCCGUGGACAGUAGGCGAAGCCUCACACCAGUGCCUCCAAGGUCAGUCAGUGUACACUGCGCAGGGAGACCAGAAGGAGAGCCUCACAGACAACAGCCACGUUGAGCUGUUUUCAUCUGUGUUUCCUCAGGUCCCAAUCCUGAGGAAGCAGGUCUUGUGCUUCAGCCCCUUCCUUUGCACAGUCUCCAAGGAGCGCUCUCUCAUGUACACCCAUGUUUAUGUUCUCAUAAUGUAUACUUCAUUAAAUUUUCCCAAACCCCCAACCCCCAUAUGGAUCUUGACAUUUUUUGAUUGGUUACUUUUCAAAUUAGUUUCAUAGCCUACUAAUUCAGACAUUUUAUUCACAUUAUUUCUUUAGUACUUGCUAGUUGAUCACUUUAUAGGCAGUGUUUUUUUAAACUCUGGGGGUAUCAACAUUAAUGAAACAAAUGCAUCUUCUCUUUACAUUUUGUUGAGGAAAAAAUAUAACACAUGUAUAUAAUAUUUGGCAGUAAGAGCCACAAAGAAUAUUUUAUUAGGAUGAGAUAAAGAAAAACAUGUUGUUAUGAUUUUAGAAAUGUAAAGAGAAGAAAGUUUUAAGGAAAUUGUCAUCCCUUGGGCUCAUUUUGAGAUGAUGUUUUCCAAGUUUGGUAUAUAAAACAGGUAGAUGUAAAAUCUAGAUU